AUGCUGAAGCAAAACCCUCAUGUAAAGCACCUGCAUCUCUACGACGAUGAUCUGUCGGUUACGGCAGUCGGCAUGGAGCUAGAAGCAAUCCCUCAAGGGCCCGAGCUCUCCAUCUACUCCGCGCCUGAUCUAAGCGAAGCCAUAAAAAAGGCAGACCUCGUGGUAAUGCUCGCCAAGUCUUACACCCCGGCAGACAAAACCAGCGACCAAAUGCUCGUCACAACCGCACCGGAGAUUCAACGUCUAUGUAAAGCUUUUGCAGACAACAAUCCUUAUGCGUUCCUAGCGAUAUCCACGAACCCAAUCAACUCGGUCGUACCUUUAGCAGCCUCGCUCCUUCGGAAGUACAAUGCGUAUAAUCCUCUCAAGCUUUUAGGCAUAACUCAAGUGGAUAAUGCGAGGUCUCGAGCGAUCAUCGCGACGUCUCUACGCGUGAAGCCCUCGACAUUGGAUCUGCCGGUCAUAUGCGGACAUUCCGAGCAGACCAUCGUGCCCUUAUUCUCAAACUUGACUGUACCGAACUUCACCCCAGAUGACCCACAAUCUGAUUGGUUGACUCGGCUAGUGAGGAAAACUGGUGCAGACAACAGCUUGAAAAGGAAAACCGAUAAUGAGACGCUUGUGCUGGCGUGGUCAAUCGCACAGUUCGUUCUGGGCGUGGUCACUGCUAUACAGGGGAACCGUAGUUUGCUCAGCUGUUUCACGGAAAACAAAAACUUUGGCACGAAAUAUUUUGCUGGGCCCACUCUACUGGGCGGUGAUGGGAUUGUGCAGUUGGUUGAGCCUUACAAUAUGUCUGAUUAUGAGAAGAACCUCCUACAUUGCGCCCUACCAGUGUUGACGCGAGAUAUUGCCGUUGGAGAAACUUACUUUCGUGAUCUAGAUGGCUCCAAAGCCCAUUGA